AUGGCUCUGAAUACCAUGAUGAAAAACAAUAGAAAGGAAAUUAACGGGGUAUAUCUGCCUCUCCCAAAUAUGGAUCCAAUCAAUCUUCACUUCAUUACACAAAAAACUUUCGAGAAAGGAAUAGAUACUUCCGCACAGGACGGAACUCCCAAUGGCGCGCUGGAAGCGGCGAAACGAAUAUGCCUGUUGCACUCUGAGAUCGAAUGCGAAGAAGCGUUACUAAACUAUCACCGCACAAAGGCCCAAUCACUCCGACAACAAAGCAAGCCCCUCCAUCAACAAUUGCUCAAUUUGGGCGACCUCACCUCCUACUCGGCGCUACGCGAUCGAGAAGGCGAAGGAAUGGGUGUUGUUGUUGGGGUUCCUGGCUAUGACCCCGUUUACGUAGGUGCUGCAUUGAAUGCUAACAAGGAUACUAAACUCGGACUUCGGUUUUCACCACCCGAGUAG